AUGCUUUCCAUAGCCAGAGUACUGCGGAAGAGCAACCUCUGGCUUUGCGAAAAGAGACCUGGUCAACUUGCAUGCUACCUCUCCGUCAUCACACCAGUACAAACAUUAAGACCAAAAUCUCCAAAAUGUCAGCCUUUCUAUCGUCAGCAGAGGGGUGCAAAGACCGUUUCCAAGAGAAAGGUCAAAGAUUUACAUCAAGGGGCAAUUGUUGCCGAUCCCCUGCCUGAUCUACCCGCUGAUGAUGAGCCUCAAUAUCCCACUCUUCUCCAGGAGGUGAGGAACAACAUGGCAAAGUUUGACAACUGUGUGCUACUCACAAAAGUUGGCAACUUUUAUGAGCUUUACUUUGAGCAAGCUGAGCAGUAUGGUCCGCUGAUGAACCUCAAGGUGUCUUCGCGGAAGACCAAGCUCGGACCCGUCUCCAUGGCCGGAUUCCCAAUCUUUCAGCUAGAUCGCUUUCUCAAGAUCUUGGUGCAAGAUCUCAACAAGUACGUGGCAAUCUGCGAAGAGUUUCUGAUUCCCGUCUCGAGCAAGGUCAAGUCUGGUGGCUUACUAUAUGAUCGGCAUGUUACAAGGGUUGUAACACCCGGAACCCUGAUUGACGAGAAAUUCCUUGAUCCAUAUGAGUAUAACUUUCUACUCUCCGUGCAUCCAGAAACUCCAACACGACAAGAUGAAGAUGGAAUAGAAAAGAGCAACGUUCAGGGCUCAGCUGAACAAAGACUUGGUCUUGCGUGGUUGGACCUUUCAACCGGUGACUUUUUUACUCAAUCUACAGACCGCAGUUCAUUGUCAUCCGCAAUCACACGAAUUUCCCCCCGAGAAAUCAUCCUACCCAGUUCUGUAGCAGACGAGAUUGAGUCAGAAGUCAAGCAAGUAGUGGGUCACGACCAUCGAUUGCUCACGUAUCACGAUUCGCGAUUCGAAUUUUCUUCUAUGUCGGAGUGGACUUCUAUGCUGGAAACUCCCAUGGCCGCAAGAGCCGAGGAGAACUUCAGUCAUGGCGAAAAGCUUGCUGGACAUCGCUUACUUGACUAUGUAAAACAUCGUCUUCAAGGCUUACAGCUUCGACUACAGCCACCACGUCAGAGAGAACUACGUGAGAUUUUGGGUAUCGAUCGAAACAGCUUGAGAGGUUUAGAACUCUUGGAAACUUCAAGGGAUGGACUCGGCAAGGGUAGCCUGUUCAAUGCGGUCAGGAAGACUGUAACGAAGAGCGGAUCACGACUUCUUCGUGAUCGACUCACAUCGCCAUCCGCUUCAUUAACGGAGAUCAAUGGCCGACUUGACCUGGUAUCAAUAUUUAUGCAAUCCGAAGAAUUGACCGAUGCUUUAGUCUUUCGACUGGGUCGAACGUACGAUGUUCAGCGUUUGGUGCAAAAGUUUGCAUUGAACAAAGGAGACGCUGAUGAUAUGUUGUCAUUGGGACGAGCCAUCGCUGAAACAGCAGCUGCUCAUGAUAUCCUGAGAUCAGCUAUCAAGCCUCAGAUCGACAUCAAUACAAGCGAGCUGGCUUCAACUGCUGAGGGGUCUCAUCCUCUCAUAAUUCUUCUUAGUCGCUUCAAUCUUGAAGGACCAGCAAGACUUGAGGAGCGGAUUUCUCAUUCGAUCGAUGAAGAAGGACUCCAAAGACAGCAUCGGCUUGAAGAGGAAGAAGCAGCCACUGUAGCAGCUCUCGCUCAAGAAGUGGUAAUGACAACUGCCCCUGAAGAACUCGGAUCACUACCUAAAGCUAUUCGCUCACGUAAUAAACCUAGUGAGGAGAUAGACGGCGAAACCAAACUGGAAGAACCUUGGAUGAUGCGUCGAGAUGCGACAGAGACUCUGUUACGCCUACACGAAACACUGAAAAGCCUGGAAUCCAAUAAGGUGGAGCUUACUCAGAAGCUUAGGGAGGAGCUCAGUGCCCCGACUUUGCAGCUGAAGUCUACUCCUGGUAUGGGUCACAUAUGCCAUGUUCGUAGUGCGGCAGGCUUUGAUCAGGCCAAGUUCGACUCGUUGCAUGCAAAGAUGGUUUCAUCCACCAAGACCACUCGAUCCUUCUACGUGACACAUUGGACAAAACUGGGGCGCAAUAUCGAUCAGGCAGUUCUCCACAUUCGAAGUGAAGAAAAGAGGAUUUUUGCAGAACUACGAGAACUUGUGAUCAAAAAUUUGAUAACUCUUCGACGGAACGCCGCCGUGAUGGACGAGCUUGAUGUAUCGACAUCUUUCGCAACAUUGGCCAAGGAACAAUCUUGGACACGACCGAUUCUGAACCUUGGGACGGAACACAAAAUUUUGGGAGGUCGCCAUCCUACAGUGAAGCUUGGGUUGGAGGAACAGGGUCGAUCAUUUGUGAGUAAUGAUCUUGUACUCAACCAUAAAGAACGUAUUUGGCUGGUGACGGGUCCAAACAUGGGAGGCAAGAGCACCUUUCUGCGACAGAAUGCUUUACUCACCAUUCUGGCACAAUCAGGGUCAUAUGUACCCGCCACACAUGCUGCGAUCGGCAUCGUGGAUCAAGUAUUCAGCCGAAUUGGAGCGGCAGAUGAUUUGUUUCGAGACCAGUCCACCUUUAUGGUUGAGAUGCUAGAAACGGCGGCGAUUCUCAGGCACGCAACACCCCGAUCAUUUGUAAUCAUGGACGAAGUGGGCCGAGGGACCACACCUGAAGAUGGCACUGCAGUGGGUUAUGCAAGCCUUCAUCACCUGUACAACGUCAAUAAAUGUCGAACACUGUUUGCCACUCACUUCCAUGCAUUGGCGGACAUGACUAGCGAUUGGGCUAAGCUAGGACGCUACUGUACAGACGUGCUUGAGGACACCAAUGGAUCCUUCACUUUCGUCCACCGGUUGAAGAAAGGAGUCAAUCGACAUUCCCAUGCAUUGAAAGUGGCCAAGCUCGCCGGUUUACCUCCAGCAGCAUUACAGGUCGCAGAAAGUGUUCUGCACCAACUCCUCGAAGAGAAGCAUGCUGUACAGGCGGGAAUAUGUCCAAGUGGAGAACCGGCCGAAGCACUUUCAAUCAGUGCCGCUGCUGCAGCAGGAUGA